AAAAAGUCGGACGGUCGGCAGCUCUGCCUGCUGCAGCUUGAGGUGCGCGGAGUUCAGGGGGAUCCUGUGCUGCUUUUGGCAUUCUCGCUGCUGUUAGCUCCACCCGGCGGGAACGAGUAAAGUCUGAACCGGCUUCUCCAUGGCCUGGGCAUCAGUUCCUGGCUGAGCCAUUUUCUUUUUUGACUAAAAGCCCCCGCCCAGAGGCCGAUUCGUCGCGGCGGCGGUGGGGAUCGCAGGUCGCUCAGGCUUGCAGAUGGGUCAGGGGCUGUGGAGAGUGGCCAGAAACCAGCAGCUACAGCAAGAAGGUUAUAGUGAGCAAGGCUACCUCAGAGACCAGAGCAGGAGGAUGGCUGCCAACAACAUUUCUAACACCAGUCAUCGUAAACAAGUCCAAGGAGGCAUUGAUAUAUAUCAUCUUUUGAAGGCACGGAAAUCUAAAGAACAGGAAGGAUUCAUUAAUUUGGAAAUGUUGCCCCCUGAGCUAAGCUUUACCAUCUUGUCCUACCUGAAUGCAACUGACCUCUGCUUAGCUUCGUGUGUUUGGCAAGACCUUGCAAAUGAUGAACUUCUUUGGCAAGGGUUGUGUAAAUCCACUUGGGGUCACUGUUCCAUAUAUAAUAAGAACCCACCUCUAGGAUUUUCUUUCAGAAAAUUGUAUAUGCAGCUGGAUGAAGGCAGCCUCACCUUUAAUGCCAACCCAGAGGAGGGAGUGAACUACUUUAUGUCCAAGGGUAUCCUAGAUGACUCACCAAAGGAAAUAGCAAAGUUUAUCUUCUGUACAAGAACACUAAAUUGGAAAAAACUGAGAAUCUAUCUUGAUGAAAGGAGAGAUGUCUUGGAUGACCUUGUAACAUUGCAUAAUUUUAGAAAUCAAUUUUUGCCCAAUGCACUGAGAGAAUUUUUUCGUCAUAUCCAUGCCCCUGAAGAGCGUGGAGAAUAUCUUGAAACUCUCAUAACAAAGUUCUCACAUAGAUUCUGUGCUUGUAACCCUGAUUUAAUGCGAGAACUUGGCCUUAGUCCUGAUGCUGUCUAUGUACUGUGCUACUCUUUGAUUCUACUUUCCAUUGACCUCACUAGCCCUCAUGUGAAGAAUAAAAUGUCAAAAAGAGAAUUUAUUCGAAAUACCCGUCGUGCUGCUCAAAACAUUAGUGAAGAUUUUGUAGGGCACCUGUAUGACAACAUCUACCUUAUUGGCCAUGUGGCUGCAUAAAAGCACAAUUGCUAGGACUUCAACUAUUAACUUCAAACUAAAGUUACCCAAGGACUUAUUUAGCAGAUAUGGGGGUUACAUUAGUGCUGGUCAUUCUAGCCUCUAUAUACAAUCAAGCUCGAGUGUACACCUUUUUUUUCUUUUACUAUUUUCUUUUUUAGUAAUUUCCUUGGGGAACUAAAGAAUUUUGCAGAAUUUUUCUUAAUUUUGCUUAUCAUGUUUUGCACAAAGCAGAGCCAUUGUCUGACACAGCUGUUUAAGAAUGUUAAACUGACAUACUCUAAAAGAUGGUAUAUUUGUGCAUUAGAUUUGCUUGAAAAACUACUCAUUUUCAUUCUUUUUUAAAAUACCAUGUAAUGUGUACAUAUUUAACUAAAGAGAUUUAUAAUCAUAAUUAUUUUAUUGUAAAGAUUUUAACUAAAGCCUUUUCUUUUUCUCUCAAACU